CUUUAUAUAUAAGGACUUACAAAUAGCUUCGAGACAAACGUGUCCAAUGUUUCAUUAUUCAUUGAAACUUCAAUUUUGAAUGAAAGAAUCGAGAAAUGAGAAAUUUAUGUAUGUGCAGCCUAUAUUAGUUUACGAGUGGUAUUCCCACCAACAAUUUAAAUGCUAGGAAUGGAUGAUAUAUCUUCGAUUUUAAGAUACACAUCAGAAUGUCUCGCAGUUGGAUAAAAAAAUCUCUUAAUUCGAAUCGCAUUAUCGAUGAAAAUGCGAAUUAAGGACUUCAAUUAAACGGAAAAAAAACAAAAGAAUAUUCUAUGGAAUUUACAAUGCAAUGGAAGAAAAUGGAGAAACUUGAACAUGGAAAAUUUUACGAAAUAGCCUCAAAACUCUGUCCACUGUUGGCUUUAGUAUUCAGCCUCCUGGUGACAAUAAUGACGCUAUACCUCAACGAGAGUCUCUCCCUCCUCUUCAUAUUCAUCUCGAUCCAAGUCUACCUCAACUGGUACUCGAUCUGCACAAUAAGCAAUAACGCCACAACAAUGCGAGAUAAUUACACAAAAAAUGGGAGAAUCUCGAGCGUAGCUAUUAGGAUAACUGGAGAGGAAGACUCAGCACCUAAGUUGAAAUACCGGUACUGCGAGAAGUGCACCUAUUAUACUUACCGACCAGCCCAACACUGCAGAGCAUGCAAAAAGUGUUUUCAUUUUCGAGAUCAUCACUGUUUCUUCAUUGGUGGUUGUAUUAUUCAAUUGAACAUGGGAAACUUUAUUCUGAUAUGCUUCCAUACAUCGUUAGCCUGCUUUUACUCCUCCACGGUCGUCGGUCCUUGCAUUUAUGAGAGCCUGAGUGAAGUUAUCGGAGAAAACUCUACGGCUUUCAACGUUUUUCUGAACUUCUGUUUUCCUGUCGCUCUUGCUAGCUUCUUAAUCACUGGCCAGGGAACGUGCUUGUUAUUCGCUAUCCUCUUUGAUGCCUUAAUUUCGAUUUCCAUCGCAUGUUUCUUGUACGGAAGUUGGAAGUUGUUCUGUUGCUUGAGUGGGAAAUAGAGGUAUUACCCUCACAUCACUAGGAAACAGGAAUUGAGAGAGAUUUUUGGAAGCUAUGGUGGUUGGAACCUCAUUUUAAAUUGACUAUAAUGGGCUUCUGGGACCACAACAUUAAGAUGAAAAGUAAGGAGAUUUGGGAAUUUUAAUGGGAGUCUAAAAAAUGAAUCAAUUUAGCACAAUUCAUGAAAAGAACAUUUAAAAAAAUUAAUCAAAUUUAAUUGUCCAUCUCCAGGAUUCCACUACUGAACGAAUAGAAUUAUUCAUAGAGUUGAGUCUGAUGUAUUUAUUUGAUGUGUUGUAUAUCAUUUAUGUUCAAUACAAACUGUGAUGAGUUUUCGUUCAUUCUUGUCAAUCCUUAAAAAAAACAAAAACAAAUGUUUUUGCAAAAAAACUGC